AUGCCCCCUUCGAUUGUGGCUGAAAUGAGUGAUCGAGUGCAUCGAUUUGUGGUAGGACUUGGGCCACACCUGAUUAAUGAAUGCUUCAUGGUCGCUCUACUCGUUGGUAUGGAUAUAUCCCACAUCCAGGAUUAUGCUCAAAAUUUAGAGGAUCGGAAACAAAAACAAUACGAGAAUCAUGAUGGGGGUCAAUAUAAGAAGGCUAGGUCUACUAGGCGACCUGAUGAUUUUUUGGGUGAUCUUAUGUCACCAUACACUAUUGAAAGUGUCCGACAGUUGCAGAAUCCAUAUUAUGAGGGAUCUGUCUAUUCUAAAUUAGGUCAGGGCUCGAGAUUUUUGGGUGUUCAGAAUCAGAUGGAUUCAGCACAAAUGAGGGCGCCCCCUCUACGGUGCAAUCAAUGCGGUAGAGCUCAUUCUGGACAAUGUCGUCAGGGGUCUAAUGUAUGCUAUACCUGCAGAGACCCUAGUCAUUACAUGAGGGAUUUUCCUAUGAAUGGCAGAAGCAGGAUGGUUCAGCCCACCAGAUCUAUAACAGUCUCCCCCUCUUCAGUAUACCCUCAAGAACGAGGCCCUCAGGCAUCAGCUGGUAGAGGCAGAGGUAGUGGUGGAGAAUCUAGCUCCGACGGUAGUUAG